AUGGGAGAAAGAAAAGGUACAAAUAAAUACUAUCCCCCUGAUUUCGAUCCGAAUCGUCAUAAAAAUCUCAAUGCGUACCAUGGCACACACGCUCUUCGUCAGCGAGGAAAAAAAGCAGACCAAGGCAUUAUCACCAUUAGAUUUGAAAUGCCAUUCAAUUGUUGGUGUCUCACUUGCAAGAAUCCCAUAGGUAUGGGAGUGAGGUAUAAUGCACAAAAGAAGAAAGUGGGCAUGUACCAUUCUACUCCUAUAUAUCAAUUCACUAUGCCCUGUCAUCUUUGCGCUGGAACAAUAAUAAUGCAAACUGACCCAAAAAACUUUCAGUAUCUGAUUUUGGAGGGCGCUAGGCGUAAAGUGCAACAGUGGGAUCCUAAAGAAAAUGAGCAAAUAGUUACUGCAGAUCACUCCGAGAAGAAGCAGCUCGCCACAGAUGCAAUGUAUCACUUGGAGCAUGAUGUUGCAGACAAAAAGAAGGCUACCGAUGCCGUCCCCAUUAUUCAAGAACUACAAUCAGAUAGGACAGUGUAUCAAGAUGACUUUGCUUUAAAUCAAAUAGCUCGUAAAAAAUUUCGUGAGGCGAAAAAGUUAUCUCAGGAAAUAAUGAUCAAGGAUAAAGCUCUUUUAAAUCGUUUGUCAUUAUCGGGUUCAGAAGUGGAACUGCUUCCUGAAAUUGAUGAAGACACAACUAUGGCUAAAGUUAUACAACUUACUCAUGCGAAACAAAAUGUCAAAUCAGAUGGUUUAAAUCCUACGUCUUUCGUUCACAGUAAAGAUCCGUUCGAAUUGACUCAUAAUUCUACCAAGACUAUAUCAAAUGCUGACAUCGUCAAACGGGCAAAUAAUGUGAUGUUAAAAAGAACACUGAAGACGUCCACAGGUUCUCAUAAACUUAUUAACCUAUGUGAAAAUGUUGAGAAGACCGAGAAAUGUGAUAAAAUUGUAAACCAAAAAAGCGAAAUCAACACACAAAUAAAUUCUUGUAACAACUCGGAUAUAUCUUCUCCUCCACGGGAUUAUCACUCUUCUAGUCACUAUGAUGAUACUUCUGUCGAACUUGUCCGAAUCUGA